ACGAAAACGGAAGAAAACCCGAUUAGCCUCUGCGACAUUCCCAGUCCCAUCGGCAUUUCCGAUGCCGCUGGGCCACACAGGCAGGCUGCCACUUCCGCUGCGAGCGGCGACAGGCAAGCGUACAAAAUGGAGGGGCACCACUACACCACACGCAGAAUAGUUCUCCUUCCUUCACUCAAGCUAGGGACUAAACUUCAAGCGACCGUUUGAUCACGACUCGCUUUCAGAAACGUCGUUGUCACACCCGAACCGCCUCCCCGUGCUAUUACCGACACCAGUAUCACCCGUGAAGAGACGACUCCAGCUCCUUUGUAACGUCGACUCGCCGUCGCAAUGUCCUCGCCACGGGUUCGCGAGCGUCGCAGCUUCAGCGUCGUGUCGUCGGUAUCGUCGUUCGCAUCCCCCCACUCCUUCCUCGCGGGACCGCUUCUCCUCCUCGUCCUGGCGUGGCUGGCCGUGGGGGCACACGCGGCGUGCUCGAGCGUGCGGCAGGUGGUGAUUGUGGGCGCUGGCAUGUCGGGCGUGUCGGCCGCUCACCGCAUCGCCACCACCAACGGCGAGUGCUUCAAGGUGACGGUGGUGGAGGCGCGCGACAGGGUGGGCGGGCGCAUGUGGAGCCGAACGGAGGCCGCCCCUGCUGGCUCGCCCACUACGUUUUUCAGAGGGGAGAUGGGCGCGCAGUGGAUCGAGGGCGCUACAGGUAACCCGAUUUACUCGCUAGCCCGGCGCUUCAAGCUCAGCAUCGGGCGGCAGAACGGGCGGGAGAUACAGUUCACGGCCAAUGGGAAGCGUUACGGGGACGCCAGGUGGGUGGCAGCGGAGGCGCAGUAUAAGACGCUGGUGCGGCAAGGGCUGGCGUGGGCGUGGCGUCAGAAUAAGGACGUGACUGUGCAGCAGGCGUUUACGAGUGGGCCGUGGAAGCGACGUAUCUUUCAGACGCCCUACGUGCAGUCGCGCCUCUCAGUGGACUUUGAGUUCAAUUAUGGCACCACCCUCUCGCACCUCUCUGCGUGGUACUAUGACUCGCUCGCUUUCAAGCCGCCCACAGUCGUGGUUACCAACGGCUUCGACAACAUACCCAAGAAGCUCAUGGAGGAAGCACAAACAGCAGGCGCUCAGCUCAUGCUAAACUUCGAAGUGACCGACAUCUCUCAGUCAUCAGGUGCAGCACCCAAAGUCACGAUCACCGGCAAGAACACCGCCACCGGCGCCACCACCUCCCUCACAGCUGACGUCGCUAUAGUCACCAUCCCCCUCGGCGUGCUUAAAGCCAACACCAUCUCCUUCCAGCCGGCCCUCUCCGCCCGGAAAACGGGCGCCAUGGCCCGCCUCGGCGUGGGCUCGAUCAACAAGAUUUUUUUCUUCUUCAACGAGACAUUCUGGCCCGUCAACGUGGACGAAUAUUUCAUCGAGGACGGGCAGCUGCCCAGGAAUCGCGGGCGGUGGGUGGAUUGGGUGAACCUGAAGCGGGCGUGGGGGCAGACGGCGCUGGAGGGGGUGGCACUGGGGGAGUAUGCGGAGCGAAUGGCCCAGAUGACUGAUGCAGCCGUGAUCGCAGACGCCCAGGCGAAGAUGCAGCGCAUGUUUUCCCGGUAUAGGAAGAAGCCGGUACAGGCGAUAGCCACAUGGGUGCAGCGGUGGAGCGACGACCCGUAUGCGCGUGGCGCGUACAGCUAUGCGCGGAUUGGCGUGGCGGGGGACGAGGACCACUGCACGGAUUAUGAUCGCAUGGGGCUGCCUGAGGGCCGGGUGCUGUUUGCUGGAGAGCACACCAUCUGGCAGUACCAGGCCACCGUGCACGGGGCGUAUUUGUCUGGAGUACGAGAGGCAAAGAGAGUGCUGAAGUACUUCUGAGGGUGAUGUCCAGAGGGCUACCAUAUGUCAGGUGGUGUGCCAGAAGGACUGCAUGUGGCAGUAAGGACGCGGUGCUUUUAGGUUCAAACGAGGCUCGACAGCUGAACGAGCAAGAAUACCACGCUAUUAUGCGUGGAACCACUCUGAUUGCGUCUAGACCACCUUCCACCCAUCUGUUGUUUUGAACCUGAGGUUCAGAAAACUUGCUUUCUCACAAAGGAACUGCAUGCCACCGUGCAUGGGGCAUGGGGGAUGGCAGUUUGGACAUAGUAUGGGAGAAAGGACGUGGGAGGUUCAGAGUAAUCUGUUGUUGGAGUGUACACCCUCUGGCUUCAUCGGAUCGUAGAACACCAUCCUUUUGAGUCUUUGCGUGAGACAAUUCUGUCUGAGGAUUAACCAUUUAGACUAGCCAAGAUGAUGUGAAUGCACAUACAGAGAACGCUGUGGAUGUUGUCAGUGGCUGCUGUGAGUGUUGAGAGUGUGACUACAGUGGAUGCUGUGACGGUAU